AUGUAUCCCCGUAGUAAGCGCCGAUACCCAGCACCGAAGGACGGGGCGAGAUGGAAUAAUUACUCAAGGCCCCCUCCCUCUCAUAGGCAUAGCGGACCUAGUGCACCUUGGCCUUGGAUUAAUAUAGAUGACGAAAUCGACGCGAAACUGCUUGCUUCCGAUCAACCUCCCAUACCUGAAAUGUGCGACCACAGUACAUGCAACGGUUGUUGGGAAGGUUAUCCGAAAUCCCGAUUCCCAAAUUGGACAGACUCUCAAGUGCGAAGGAGUGGAAUUAAGCGUGCCAUACAAAAUUAUGAUAAGAAAAACCCAUGUCUUGUCUAUUACAUGGACAUGAUUAACACCGGGUUGUUCCAAAAUGGGGGAACCCUGCUGGUGUACGACGACGAAACUUAUGAUCAUUUUUGGAAUAGACUAGUGUCAAUACAACGUCCGGUCGAAACUCGUCUACGGGCGAUAUUUGUCAAAAACAUGUCCGGUCCGAUUUUACAAAUGUUGGGAGCCAAGUAUAACAUUGAACCGUUCUUCUUUUCAUCCUCUUUGUCCUGGAUCCCCUCGCGUUUCCAAGAGGAGGUCAGGCCUGGAAAAGGAGAUCAUAUUACGAUCACCUUGACCUUUCUUCGAGCUGUGGAAGGCAACCUCUCUUCCACGGUUUCGCAUAUCUCGGAAGACACUGCUGUAGAUGACGAGGUUUUAGAUACCCAGCGUCCGUUGUAUUUAGGCUCAGGCGACGGGUGCUACCUCGUACUUGACCUAUUAGCAGUCCAUCUGAUUCGUGACGAACAUAGUAGCACGGUCAUUUCAUAUCAUCACACCGAUCCUGAUACUACUGCGGCUGAGUAUCUGCACGAACGAAUACGCUAUGCGGGGAAAAGCGUAUACUGGCAAAACAUCUUCCGGAACUCUCCCGAUCCAACUUUCAUCGUUCUGCUGUUUCUCUGGCAUGCCAUGUAUGCUUGGGACGAGGCGCUGGAGGUCUUAUACAGACAUAUCAUAGACAUGGAAAAAACGGUCAUGGACAGUGCUGAUAUGUACAUGACGCGCGGUUUACAUUUUAUUCGUGCUCACCACCUCCACUAUGCCUCCUUACUUCAAGAUAUGAAAAAAUCCGUCCGCUUCGUACUCACCACUCCCAACCCUGCCAUGGAAAACGUAGCGGAAGACGUAAAGCUGUUCAGCGAAAAACUUUUGGAGAAGGAAUGCAACAAUCUACUGAUCGAAAUUGAGAGAUUGGAAAUGCAGCUGAAUAUGCAAGACCAGCGACUUAAGAACGUUAUGAAUCUGGUCUUCAGUACAGUCAAUAUCCAGGAUAGUUCACGUAUGCAAGAAUUAUCUGAGGCAGCUGUACGAGACAGCGCUGCCAUGAAACAAAUAGCUUACCUGACGAUGAUCUUUUUACCAGCUUCCUACACUGCAUCCGUUUUCGGCAUGAACGUGAAAGAACUCACGGUUGGAGCUGCUUCAGGAGUCCUUGUGUACAUCGCAGUCGCAUUACCCCUGACAUUCGUGACAGUAUGGGUCAUCAUGACCUUCCAAAGUAAACAUUUCUUCCCGAACAGAUCCGGCACCACGUUCUGGAUGCGACUGGCUUGGCCGUUAUUAUUCUUUCGCUCGAUGUUUGGACUGGAUCCCAAAUCCAAGGACGAGCGUUUGACAAUCCUGAAUGGGCGCAGAGAAGCAGCCCAUGCCUAUAAUCAUGUCUGA